AUGUCAUUGUCAACCUCCACUUCGACUUCCACUCCUUCCGUGCCGCCCUUUCCACCAAUAGACGCCCUAAGGCUCGAGCCUAGCGCGCCUCAUACCGCAACAGUUAUCUUCCUGCACGGUCUCGGAGAUUCAGGUGAUGGCUGGGAGCCCUUUGCAAAGAAGCUUUUGCGCGAUCCAACCCUCAACCACAUCAAGUGGAUCCUUCCUCACGCGCCUGUCCAACGCGUAACGGCGAAUAAUGGCAUGCACAUGCCCGCAUGGUUCGACGUCAUCGAGUUCGGCUCGAACAAGGAAGAUCAACCUGGCUUACGCGCGGCUUCGGGGGCGAUCGCUGCAUUACUAGCGGAGGAAGACGCUCGUACACCUGGACGUGUCGUUCUCGGGGGCUUCUCUCAAGGCGCCGCACUCACGAUCUUGACCGGGCUUACGAGUACACCAGCACCCGCAGGGAUGCUCGUGCUCAGCGGCCGCACGGCUCUGCGCGAAGACCUGAAGGCAAACCUUAGCCCGCGCGCGAAGGAGCUGCCUAUAUUUUGGGCGCACGGCGGUAUCGACCAAAUGAUCAAAGUCGAGACAGCGCGUGACGGGCAUAAGUUCGCCAUGAAAGAGCUUGGGCUGAAGAAGGCGAAAGAGUUGGGUGGUCCUGGGGUUGAGUUCAGGGUGUAUGAGGGGAUGCAACAUUCGACGUGUCCGGACGAGGUGGAGGCUGUGACGCAGUUCUUGAGGAAGGUCGUGCCGAAGCAGGAUUAG